CAUCUGCUUUUUAUAGAUUGAUUUGGUCAGUUUUUGAAAUGUUUUAUUUUAACCUUUUAUUUCGUUGGAUAUUCCAUAGAAUAAAAAUGUAAUAGAAUACAGCAAGCUGUCAAAAGCAAUUUCGGACCAAGAGCGUGAAAAGUACUUCCAGUUCAUACAAACUCACUUUAUAACACCAGCAGUUAAAAUUCUACUGAGAAGUUUUAUUUAUCAAAAUUCGAAAUCUGCGGGACUUUCUUUGGCAGAAUCAAAGUUUACCAUUCAUUGGUUCCCAGAAGGAGCCCUGCUUUGAAUUUUAUAUAUUUGCACCCAAUGUUGGAUUAUUAUUUCCAUGGCUUUAAUAAAAUACCUGUUAGUAAUAUUAAUUUAUGGGUACUGAGUUGUAAACUAUUAUGACGAUAUAACUCAAAAUAGCCGCUUAUUAUUCCAAAAUUAUUGUAGUUUCGAUUUAUUUAUCGACACUGAGAAAACUAUUACAUGUCAACCUGGUUCCUGUAAAGUAUUCAUAAAUAUUUCUGGGCUCAAACUAAUAGUGUUAUAAUCUCAGUUUGGGAUCUUUUCGCAUUUUAAAUUUGCUUAUCGAACCAUUUUUUAAAAAGAUCAAUUCAAAAAAUGUGACAUCAACAGAACCAAAGCAAAUUUCGUUGAUACUUCUUUUCCCGUUCCUGUGAUUCAACUCUAGUUUACUAAUCUUUCCAGUCAACAAUUUUUAAUAAAAGUUUAUUUUACCCAAGUUCAAAUAAUUUUUAUAACUACAUUCGAGAUAUCUUUUUGAUAAAACGACCCUAAAAAGAUGAUUUUUUCGUCUCGCAGCUAUUCGCUUUACCUCCUCAAAACUUUAUUAUUUUUGCUGUCAAUUUGGUGCCAUAUUUGGAUUGUCAGUGGGCAAGAAAGGAAUAUUUAUUUCAACCCGCUAAUCGCAACCCAACCCGAACUCACAGUUCCACAAGGAGCCGUCGCCAACUUAUCUCACGCCAGUUUGCCGAUUACUUAUUCGGCCGAAGAAAAAUGCACAGUUUACGUGAAGCAAAAUGAUGUCAUCACUAGAAAAUUCGGCCAAUUGACCAAGACCAUGUUUAGUUGCGAGAAUAUCCGUUCUGUACAAUUCCACCAUUUCGGAGCCGAGUUUCCGCGAAAGGCGAAUAUUAAACUUCGUAUCCAAUACGAGAACAGGGCGGGUAGAAAGGUCUAUCCGACAACGCUCCUCGUUACGGUAUCUACGCCGAAGCUUUAUUUAGCAUACCCAAGCGCCGAUUUGAAAAGCGAUCCUACAAUUUUGGCUGUGAAUUCUCUGAAUGCUAUUUCACAGACUCUUUCGAUGAGACACAUUUCAAUUGUGGAUCGACCUGCUUGUCGAAUUGCCAUCAACUACAGACUAAACGGAAUGUAUCCUCAGUUUGGCUCAAUCCAGGGUGACAAACUUGGCGGCACUCUUCUCUCGUGUGAGAAAUUUCUCGACUCUGGCAUCUUUUACAAACACGAGAAAUCAGUCUCGGCUCAAGGCCGACAACUCGUGCCUGAAUACGACUAUAUACCACUAGUCGUUGAAGGAUACGCGGGGGACACCGGCGGGUCCAAAUACGAAUAUUUCAUGCUUCCGGUGAAACUUCCCGCGCGAGAUCGUGAUGCUAACGAACUUGAUCGACCCCAAAAAGAAAGAGCGCCUCAAAUACUUGAGUCUCAGUUUCAAGGGGAGUCUAACUUAGUUCCGAUUACGUCACAGACACUUGCAGUCUCAGAUUUGUUCACGGACUCGGACGAGAUUGUGUUCAAAGUCGAAACGGAAUCGGGUAAUGAAAAACUGUUCAUGAAAUCCGGACGUCUCGUUUUUACAGACAACCCUGGUCAAGAUGUUACGACGUUUACUCAAAAAGAUGUGAAAGACCUCAAAAUUGCAUUCCAGCAGUACGAUACUAGCCGAACGUCCAUUGCGCAUAUUUAUCUACGUGCCAUAGAUUCUCAUGGUGUCAAAUCUGAAAAGCUUGAUCUGCAAAUUAAAAUUCGGCCAAAAAAUCCUUUCGCUCCUGAAAUAGUCACUAACGAUGUUCUGAUGGUGGAUGAAGGGAAAACUGCGACGUUGUCUAACGUGAUGCUUUCGGCUAAGUUGGCAAAUCUUCCAGCUGAAAAGUUGAGACUGGAUUUCAGGAUUGUACAGCCAGGCCAGAGGAGUGGGAAUUUCUUCGUAGACAGAAGGAGGCGGACCGACUUCACACUGAGUGACAUUACGAAUAAUGCUGUGCAAUACAUACACGGAGGCGAUGAAAGUGACUCUGACAACAUUGUUCUUGAAAUUGUUCAAUCAGGAACCGAAGAGAACAAAACUCUCUGUCUUUUUCGGAUCCUCGUCAAACCAUCGGACGACCAAGCACCUUAUCCGAACUUAGAUCAACUUCUAGUCGAGAUCUCACACGCUCAAAGUGCUAUGCUUACUCUAGGACAUUUACAAUUCGCAGACGCCGACUCAAAUUGGAACCAACUUGUGUUUAAACUUCGCUCACCUUUGCCAAACUUGAUCACCGUAAUAAGAAGAGAACCGUAUAAUAUAUUUUCUCGGAUGCUCCCUCGUGAAGAAAUACCAGAGUACUGGACUCAAGAGGAUAUUUUUCGAGGUACAAUUUUUCUGAAAUUUCGAGGAGGUUCCUCUGAAAUUGAAAGGAGCGAGUAUGUUCGGAUAAGUGUCCAAGACCGCAACGCAAUUCCUAAUACUUCGACGUUUCAACUUCUCGUAAAAAUUAUACCAAAAGAUGAGAACCCUCCAAAAGCAGCGUCUGAAUGUUUGAUGUAUAUGGAUGUCAUUGAUUACCAGAAAACAGGGUUCACCAAAUUUAUGCUCUCGUAUGUCGACGAGGGUUCGAAGGAUCCCGCCGACAUCCAGUACGAAGUGCUUCAGAAGCCCUACGAUACAAACACUUUGAAUCCUCUCAAAGCUGGGAGUUUAAUUUUGCAAAGAAGCGACAGAACUGAAAUAGCCCAAAAAUUUACUCAGUUUGACAUAAAUAGCGGGUUUUUAAAGUUCCUUCCUCCGAGUUCAGAACGAGGAGUGACCACUCGUUUUAUUGAGUUCGGAUUUGCAGUUCAAGACAAAUACUCAAACAAAAUUUCAAAUCAAGUUUUUUCGAUCAAUCUGAAAGCAUUUGACAGACAACCUCCUCAAAUUUUUACAGGAAACAAACGAAUUUUACCUGGUGACGAGUUUCGAAUUGAUGACAAAUUUUUGCACAUUUAUUCUGUGAAUCCAAACAGUCGACCAAAAAUUGAACUGGUAAAAGAGCCCUCACUGGGCGUCCUUUAUUUAGACCGAGAUGAACUCAAAACGAGUUUGAACCGUGUAUUUUAUAUCGAGGAUUUGAAAAACCAAGAGUUCAGGUAUCGGAACAAUAUCGACGCGUUAAGCGGGAAAAGCGAAGAAGAAGAUUCGUUCACGCUGUCAAUCAACGACGGGGUCAAUGUCCUAAACAUUGACCUGUUCAUAACUAUUUCAGGCAUGGGUCAAUUCGUUACUGAUGUGUACAGGAAAGACCAAAAUCAAAUUGCAAUCAAUAUUUAUGUCGCAGAAAAUAAAGUUACGAAUAUUAAUAAUGCUGUUCACAGAUAUUUUCAGUCGGUUUUAAAUAUGACAACAAAGCGAAGCGUAUAUCGACGAGCUAUCGAGGAACUUACCAUGGGAAAAUCUGGAGAAACUUGUUUCCUGAAAAUGACCCGGGGUCCGAAAACAGAACCGAACGGUGCAAAUUUAUACGGACAACUGAAAAAUAAUUUCAAAAGUAUCCGUACAAAGCCAAUAGACUCGACGCAAACUAAUAUUCUCUCUUGCAAUGAUGCGGUCAAUAGCCAAGUGUUAUACCAAACUCACAACCAUUUGGAAAUUGGAGAGAAACCGAAAACAGACGAAAUGGAAUUUGACGUGUCUUUAUUUGACGAAGGUUCAGAAGUCAGAAUUGGGCAAAAGUUUAUUCUUCGGGUUUAUAUUUUACCUGUUGACAGUGAAGAGCCUCAACUUCGGAUUUUAAACGACGUGAUAGUACCUGAAGGUCGUAAAAGCCGAGUCGGUAACGGGGUUCUACGAAUCGACGACGGCGACACACCGAAGAACAAACUAUUCUGCUUUGUGAGCCGCAAACCGGAGUUCGGCUAUCUGAUCGAUCAGUCAAAUUCGGCUACAAGUGAUAUUCCGAUUAGUGCAUUCAAGUAUUCGGCUUUGGUAUCCGAUAAAAUCUAUUAUGUCCAGAGCUUGCACACACAUCGGAUCAAAACGAUUGAGCCUCAACACGACAAGUUCAAACUUCUGUGCACCGAUUUUCAGAAGUCAAGUGCUGCUGACGUCAUAAUAAAAAUUCAACCUCAACCUGAUGAGUCGCCGAAUUUAGAGGUCAAAAUGCCACUCUCCUUGAAUGAGGGCGGAACUAUCAAGCUCGGGUAUCCUUACUUCGCAGCUACAGAUCGAGACCUCCCGAAAGAAAAUUUGACAUUAAACAUAAUCGUCCAGCCCAAAUAUGGCUACAUUAAGCUCGAAAAAGUAAUGCCGAAUGGCCGAUCUCAAUCGAGUAUAGUCGAGAGCUUCUCGGCUUCUCUCGUUGAGCAAGUUAACUCGGGUUCAGGUGGCCGAACGGAACGUGUGAUAUACCAACACGAUGGAUCCGAAAACUUCGAAGACUCGUUCAAGUUACAAGUAAAAGAUGGCGGAACUAUAACUGCAACUGGAACAAUUCCAGUUAAGGUCACACCUUUGGAUGACGAAAAACCAAGACUGAUUACUCAUAACGAUUUGAUUGUCAAGCCUGGGGAUGUUAGGUAUCUUACCACAAAUACUCUCGAUGCAGUUGACGAGGACUCUUCAGAGGAGAAAAUAGCGUACCUGGUUAAGCAAACUCCCGUCCAGGGAAACAUUGAGAAAUGGGACUCUAAUUCAGAAGUUUACCGGCCUUUGAGAAUCGGUGACAGUUUCAGCCAACUUGACAUUGAGCUUCAACAUAUUGUGAGAUACUCGCAAACAGCGCCGGUUUCUAAAGAGCAAGUCAACGAUGAAGUUAUAUUUGAUAUAACUGACGGUCUUAACACUCGAUACGCGCAGCAGUUGCGCAUUAAGAUCCAGAAUAAGGAUUUUUUGGGUGAAAAAAUAACAAAGACAAUUUUGUUGCCGGCCAAGACUAACUCGACGGUGUUUGGCGACGACAUUUUGCCAGUGAUGGAUCUGGACUUUGACGAGAAGAGACGUCAGAUGUACUUCAGAUUAAGUAUUCCACCAGUCAAUGGAUUCUUAGCUCAGCUGGGUUCUACUCGACAGCCUUCAAACAUCGACACCUUCAGUCGAGACCAAGUCAGAUCAAAGCAAAUUUUCUACUCUCACAACCCUUCUAAGAGGGUCCGAAUGGACUGCAUGAACAUCGAACUGCUCGAAGACAGUCAAUCGAUGGACAAAACCGUUUUAAUUCGACUGUUUCAAAUUGUCAUCAUCGACGAAGCCGACGAGAGUCCGAUUUUGACCUUGAAAAACAUGACGAUUCUCGAAGGUCAAGAAAAACCUCUCUCGGAUUACAUAAUAGUUGACACGCGGAACCGACCUGCGCGAGACUUCUCUUUUAUGGUCAACGUCAGUCCAAUGAGUGGCGCAUUACGUAAUCGAAACAUCGGUGCAAACGCUCGAGUUGGAAUGUUUUCUUACGAGGACUUAGCUCAAGGUUACAUAGUAUAUAUCCACAAUGGAAAAGAACCGAACGGGAUUCCUGAAAGCAUUAAUUUGAAACUUAUUGAAACGAAUCCAAAAACAGCGGGCAAUUUGAGGUUUUAUACGCUACCAAAUGUAACGAAACCCGGGAGUCCGUACUUUAAAUUCCUAAUAGAAGUCACCCCAGUUGAUGAUGAGCCCCCAAAAAUGAAGUUCAGUGGUCCAACUAAAAACAUGCACACCAUAAAUGGAAGACCUGGAUUGAUUCUCAGCAGUGAGUACAUUAUGGCGACUGACGAGGAUACGGAUCCAGAAGGCAUCUUCUAUGAAGUGACAAGGCUGCCGACAUUUGGAGUCUUGUCCAAGACCGUUCAUAUGGAUCAGAUGAUUACGAAUUUUUCGCAAGCUGACAUCAAUGAGAAGAGGAUCUACUACCUGCUCAAAUUCGGCACAACCGAGUGGCGGGACUCAUUCGAGUACAACUUAGCCGACAGAGGUGGCAAUAGGGUCACUGGAUUGCGUCAUGAACUCAUGUGGUCCUAUUUGACCCUGGCCAAGAGGUCAUACACUGUAGCCGAGAGUGCAGGGGAGCUGAAGAUCACAGUGCUUCGCAAGGGGUACUUAGGAAACACCGCCUAUGUGGACGUUAAAAUAAAAGACGCGACCGCGAAAAGCGGAGAGGAUUUUGAUGACAUCUGGUCUCUGACCGACAAAGACCUCUGGUGGACUCAAACGGGACAGCACCAACGCAUUAUCAACAUGCCAUCGGACGCCGAGAAGGGCAUGAAGUUGACAGAUGUGGAUCGGAAGUACUCGGGUGUGGGGGAGAUAGACAACAAUGACAUAGUGUUGGGGGAGGUAGACCCUAAGUCGGGUACCCACGUGACCAACCACAGACAGAUCACAUUCAACGAAGGCGAAAGUGAAAAGAUCUGGGCACUGAAAAUAGCAGAUGAUGACAAGCACGAGGGGGCUGAGAGUUUCCGGGUUACUCUGGUGGACCCUGUGCUGGCAAUUCUGGAGACGGAAGCACAAGGGGAGAACGGCAUAGACACUGCAAUCAUCGACAUCAUAGAUGAUGAAGACAAGGCGGUGGUGGGUGUGGUGGAUGAGAGACUGGAGGUGGAGGAGAAUGCUGGCUUCAUCAGAGUGGACCUCAUUCGCAAGGGGGACUUGUCCAAACCCACACGUGUCUACUGCUACACCACCUCGGACACGGCAGUUGAAGAAAGUCUCACUAACGGUGUAGUUGGUGACUUCAAAAAACUUCCCAACCCCUCUCAGCCCCAAGAAGUCCUUUUCAAAAGUGGACAGAAACAGGCCUACUGUGAAGUGCAGAUCAUCGAUGACUCACUUUAUGAACCCCUCCCCCCUGAAGAGUUUCACGUGACCCUAGCUACGAAGGAGGAUGGGACUUUUAUUGACUCGAUGAGUCAAGACUGUCUUGUGAGAAUUCUGCCUGACUCGAAAGAUUUGCCUCUGAUUGGCUUUGCCGACACUGGGGAGUUGAAGGUGUUGGAAAAUGUGGGCAGUGUGGGGGUGGAGUUGUUCAGAAGUGGACCAGACACCAGCCAGACCUCAUCUGUGCUGGUCACUCUCGCAGACUACACGCCACUCAAGGGAGAACAAAAGUAUCACAAGGCAUGGGUUGGCGAGGACUUCGAGUUCGAUCCCAAAGGCAUCCGCGUUGAGUUCGGUCCGGACGAGAUCUCGCGUAUCUUCUACCUCACCAUCCUGGAUGACGACGAGGAGCAGAUGCCCCUUUUGGAGGGGGGAGAGGGACUGAGACUGAAGUUGGCCUCUGCUGAGGAUGCGGCAGUGGAUCAGCGGAAGAGUACUAAGUUACUGGUGGUGGAUGACUCCAGUCUAGACAGACCUCACAUGAGCUUCAACAGUUCUCAGUAUGUGGUGUCUGAAUCAGCCGGGAUAAUCCAGAUAGGAGUGAUUAGAAGCGGAGAUUUGGGUGCGGACACUUCUGUCGUCUGCUCUGCCACAGACGGAUCAGCCAAGUCACCCACAGAGUUCAAAUACGUUUCCCAGAAGAUCUCGUUCUCCAAAGGAGAGUUCUUGAAGUACUGUGAGGUGCCGAUAGUCGAUGAUUCCACAUUCGAGGACUCCAAGGAGUUCUUUGCCAUCCUCAAGGAUCCCAGAGCUUCCAAAGGGUCUCCGGUUCCAGUGAAUAUUGGACCAAUCGGGAGAGCUACUGUACUUAUCACGGACGAUGACCGUCCCAAAGUGUUCUUUGGACAGGAGAGAUACCGAGUGGAGGAGUUUGAGAACAGGAGGAACUUCCUGGACUUGAGAGUGAACAGGAGUGGGGAUCUGUCCUCCCAGAUAUCGGUGGGAGUGAUGUCUGCCGACCUCAGUGCCAAAGCAGACCUGGACUACGUCAGAGUGGAUCAAGUAUUCAUCUUCGGUGCUGGCGAGACAAGCAAGCAGUUGCGACUGGAGGUGCUUCCGGACAGUGAGUGGGAGUUGGUUAAGAACUUCGAACUCAUCCUCAAGCUCAUGAGUGACUACUCCACCACGCCCAAAGAGUCACCAGAGGUCACGACUCCUCGAGUGCAAGUGGACAUUGUAGACCGUGCUUAUGAUGAGAGUGUGCUCAGUUUUCCCCAGCAGACCAAAGUCAUCUCCCUCAAGUACCUCUCUAGUCCCAGACCCCAGCAGACCUCCUCCUCCUCCUCUUCUUCGUCGUCUUCUUCUUCAUCGGCCUACUACCCUCGAUCGAGCAGCUCGUCUAAAAAUCCCCUCGGAGGGGGAGGGGGCAGUCGGCUAAGCGUAGUCCACGCGGGGUUCCCAGUCAUCUGUUUAACGGGCUGUGACCCUCGCUACGACUUCUCCCUCAGCAACAACACAACCGAGAACAGGUACCUGGACAAGUGUCGACUGCUGAACAACUCACGCACUGUCUACAAUUGGACAGUCUACGACAACUCUUUUUCGGGGACAAAAAAGGGAAGGUAUGUGAAUACCAGCCGCGGUAUUUUGGGCGAUGGAAGCAAGGCAGUGCUGGAUGCGGCCUACCUGUAUCCGGGUCAGACAGUAGAGUGCAGCGCCACUGCGGUCGGCAACAAUGGACAAAUGGGUAAAACAGAAAAAAGCGGCCCGAUUGAUGUUGUCAUCAAUGAAGACACGCUCUGUGUGCCCCAAGGCAGAUCCCAGGACUUCUAUUCCUCCCCAUUGCCUGAUGUGUUUUUCACUUACAACGACAACAAACGCUACUCGAAUUUAUUCCACGUCAAAGCUACCAUUCCUCAUAUGUUUGGUCUUAUACCUAUUGUAUCAACCUUACCUAUGACACAAUUAGUUGCUAAUUUCAACUCUGACAGUUUUGACACGGAAGACACUGAGGUCAAAAAUAAAGCCGAACUAAUGUGUUCGACCCUGAAGUUUCUUCUACCAAAAAAAGACAUUACGCUCGACGUGGGAUUCGAACCUAGACCUACUGAAGAGGCGUAUCUGAGUAGUAGAUAUGAGUUUAAUGAGACGUUGAGGGGUCCGACGACAGUGCAGAUUUAUAAGAACUUGAAUCUUGCCCAGUGUGAGUGGUCUUUUGACGGCUACUUCUCCUUGUCAGACUUGACUCAAGCAUGUGGGGCAACUCAGACUAAACAGAAGUCGCUCCCCUCGGCGACCAUGUCCCUUGUUGAACUGAUCGUACCCGUGAGAGUGAACUUCAUGCGCUACAUGAGUAACAACUACCAGACGAGUAACAGCAGAAAGAGCAGUGGAAAUAGUCUAGGGUGGAUCUCAGACCAAAAAGAUGUCAGUCAGAAGUUGGUGUUCUCUUACACAACCAAAGGCAUGAUAUACAGAAACGAGUGGUCUUCUGGGAUACCCACGUUAGAUGACACGUCCUAUAAAGGUCGUCUCUACAUGAAAAAGAUAGUGUUAGACGACGAGUCGCGUCUACACAUGUACUUCAGCAGCGAGGUCAUGUUCAGUGGGUGUUACGAGGUGCAGAUGAACUCACUUACCAGUCAAGUGUUCCACCCACACAACGACCUCAGACUGCAGUUGAAGACCACCCAGCAGGGGUCAUGUGUGCAGAGACACUGGGAGGUCAUUGCCUCGUACCAGAAUCCGGUAGCCGGUGAGCUCCAAUCCAAAGAUGACCUCACAGUCCGUGGGGACUUCAGUGGUCCCUACACAGUGCGACUCAUUGCGUGUGAGCGGGAAAUGGGCGUGUUCAAUGCACCCUGUCGACUGCCACGCCCUGUGGACUUCACAAUAGAUGUGAUCAAACAGACAGUCCAGGGUUCCAUGAGUCAGCAGUAUACUUAUGGGUCGGGUAUUCAGUUCAAGGGCAGUAAGGAGUCACAAGGGGUCACCAAAGGGGGAAUUGUGCGACUGACACUGACCAAUCCGGACCCAUCCCAGUUCCAGAUGUCAAUCUACAGAGUCUAUCUGUGUCAGGGGGUGCCUGGAUACAUACCCCAGUACAAGCCAGAGGCUAGAGAGUACGGAUGUCUCAUAGACAGCGCACUCAUCCAGCAGAGGAACAAGCUAUACGACGCAGACGAUGACGUCAUGGCCCAGACUGUGGACCCGUUCCAAGUGCAGAUCAAUGGACUCACUGUCCAAUUCUCAUCCAUGCCUCUGUUCAACACUCCCCUAGAAGACUCAUCCCAAUCUUCGUCUUACAAUCAUUGGGUCAUCCAAGUCUUAUUCUACAGAUCCAAAGAGGUCUUCAGGAAUCGACGCGAAUCCAAAAGUGAAUCAGACGAAUUAGGUAAAGAAUACUACACAGAAUUUGCCGACGAUAGGGGUCCCACUACGACUUUCGACUCGCCUCAACAUGCGACUCUGUCUCGAUUCGUUCGACAAGAAAGCCCUUCGUCUAACUUUGACACUAUGGCUUCAGUUCCAAAAGAGGCAGCAUCAAUCGGCAACAAAAACAGAGGAACCAUUAUUGCGUUUGUACCGUUCGUUGAGCCGACGAAAGAGAAAACCGACCAGAACCGACAGACUACAAACAUGGCCGAAGUUGCAGUUCCGAUUGUUCCGAUCAUCAGUGUUUUAGCUAUUGUAUCAGUCGUUGUAGCUCUUGUUAUUGCAAUUUUGUUAGCCCGACGUCAGAAAAACAGAUCACGUGCAGCUCAUUAUAAGGACAAAUGUUUUAAUGGACACACGGUUCCUCCGCCUACUAUGUUAUAUACACCUGUGCAAAUAAGCGAAUCAUAUCCUUCAUCAUUCCCACCUGUAACUUCAGCACUGAAACAAAAUGACCCCAUGCGGGCGGCCACUUUACCCACGAAAGGUCGCUCACAUAAAGGUCAAGUUAUGUUUUCACCCCAAGUUACGACUAUUUCAGGGGGCGAAGAGUAUAUUGAUCAUAAUGGCGUUUUCCGCACAAUAGGAGGAUACAUGGAAACUAGUGCUUAAAUAACAUUAAAAAUCUAUCCCUCCAGAAAAGUUCCAAAACUUUGACACGAAGUCUUUUUUGGCAAAAAAACUUUCUCUGUGUCAAAAACCAGGUGCUAUUAUAUUUAAACUUUGUUAAAUUUCCGUAGUUCUGUUGUGUAUAUUUAUAUCUUAAACCGUCUUAAAAUGAACGACAUUUCAAUUAUUAAAACUUUCACCUUUGCUGCCAAUUUCACACUUCGAAAAUCAAAUCUCAAAAUUCUUAAUUAAUUUUUGGCUUGCAGGCCAAUGCCAAAUUCGCAUUUCGAUGUUUCGAUUCACUUAAAUUCUUAUUCGGCGAAGAAUUGUUGGCGUUUUUUCAACUUGAUUUUAGGGUUGUUCAAAUGCCCGAUAUUUUAUGUUUUUCUAAAGCAUAUUUGUCGAG